GAGUUUUAGAACGUGUUCCCCGUUCGGAGGGUAAACAGCUGAGUGUGAAUGGAAAGAUCGAAAAUUGUCUUUGAUUAAAAUAGAAAUGUGAAACAAUUGUAGUUUAUAAAAUAAGUGAAUUGAAGUGGAAAUAAUCAAAUUGUGUGGUCUCUCAUGCUUGCAAUCAGUUACUUAAUUGGCUAACUAAUAUUAAUCGGUGUUCAAGUGAUAAAUGAUAUUUGAGGAGCAUCUCUGUCACAAACAGCUGCUAGACAGCACCGUGGAAUAUUUUUAUAAUAAUAAAAACUAAUUUCAAUAGAAUCGUAUUGCUCGCGAGUACAAAUGCGAAUCUCUCUUUGUGUGCUAAAACAAAAAAAGAAGUGAAAGUAAAAUUCAUGAGUGACAAACUCUAUCUUUGAUCUUAAGUGUAAUUCUAUGUACUUAAAAACUAUAAAACAAAAACAAACAAAAUGCAAUCGUUAAAAGCCGAUGAGUUUCCAGAGAAUCCACGCGAGCGAAGCAAUCCAAUUUCGGAACUUAUGCUCUGCUUUGUCUUCCCAGUAUUGUUGAAAGGUCGCAAGAAGACCCUGGAACAGCAAGAUUUAUACAAGCCACUUAAGGAACACAAAUCAGAAUCGCUCGGCGAUCGCUUGUGCACAGAAUGGGACAAGGAGGUGGCCAAAAGAACAGCGGAACAGAAACAACCGCGUCUGUUACGUGUUAUGAUGCGGGUAUUUGGCUGGUAUAUGUUUUGGACUGGACUACUGCUGGGCUUCCGCGAGUUUGUCACAAAAUUCACCCAACCUAUUUGUUUGUAUGGCAUCAUGAUAUACUUUUCCAACGAGGAUCCUGACCCUGUAAAAGCACGACUAUACGCGGCGGGCCUCAUUGCAGCUUGUCUACUCACUGUCGUCACUGGACAUCCAUAUCUACUCGGUCAAUUACAUCUGGGCAUGAAGAUGAGGGUGGCUCUCUGCAGUUUGAUGUACCGCAAAUCAUUGCGUUUGAGCCGUACAGCUCUGUCAGACACAUCCAUUGGACAAGUGGUGAAUCUCCUGUCUAACGAUGUGGGUCGCUUCGAUGGCAUCCUGCUCACUCUGCACUUCAUCUGGCUUGCUCCCUUGGAACUUACUGUGGUCACAUACUUUAUGUAUCAAAAGAUUGGUAUAGCCUGCCUCUUUGGCGUCGCAUUGAUGUUGCUCUUCCUUCCCUUGCAAGCGUACUUGGCAAAGAAGACAUCUGGUUUGCGUCUGCUCACAGCGAUGCGCACAGAUGAGCGCGUGCGAAUGAUGAACGAGAUUAUCUCGGGCAUCCAGGUUAUCAAAAUGUAUGCAUGGGAGAAACCAUUCGGCAAGCUGGUGGAACUUGCGCGUCGCAAGGAGAUGAACUGCAUUAAGAAAGUUAAUUAUAUUCGAGGCAUUCUCAUAGCCUUUGGCAUAUCUCUAUCCCGCAUGUUCACGUUUGUCAGUUUGGUGGGCUACGUGCUGCUUGGAAGCGUAUUAACUGCCGGCGAAGCCUUCUUUAUCACUGCCUAUUACAAUUUGCUGCAGCGUGCAGUUACCAACUUUUUUCCUAUGGGAAUAACUCAGUUUGCCGAACUACUGGUGUCGAUUAAGCGUUUGGAAACCUUUAUGCUUCGUGAUGAGACUCAAGUGGGUCAAAUCUGUGGCAAACCAAAUGAGAUUGGAACGACUUACGAUAAAGAACACGGCUCAAUAAUCACAUCUGCCAAUGGCGAUGUCUCGAAAGACAACAAGGAUGACAUUCUUGUUGAUUUCAGUGACUUCCAAGCCAAGUGGGCCAGCAAAUCGACCGAAAACACUCUGGACAACAUCAACUUGCAAAUGAAACGUCGCCAACUGGUCGCUGUGGUCGGUCCAGUUGGUGCAGGCAAGUCAAGUCUAAUACAAUCCAUUCUCGGUGAACUGCCCGCUCAAAAGGGUAGCCUUAAAGUCAAUGGCUCCUUCUCGUUUGCCACCCAAGAGCCUUGGCUCUUCACGGGAACCGUGAGAGAGAACAUUCUUUUCGGACUCACUCUGGAUAAACAUCGCUAUCGCACCGUGGUGAAAAAGUGUGCUCUGGAACGUGACUUUGAAUUACUACCUCAGGGAGAUAAAACGAUUGUUGGUGAGCGAGGAGCCUCACUCUCUGGAGGCCAAAAGGCCCGCAUCAGCUUAGCUAGAUCUGUCUAUCGUCGGGCAGAUAUUUACCUUUUGGAUGAUCCACUCAGUGCAGUGGACACCCACGUAGGACGGCAGCUUUUUGACCAGUGCAUGAAAGGUUAUCUUCGAAACGAAUUAGUUAUUCUGGUCACACAUCAACUGCAGUUCCUGGAACAAGCCGAUCUCAUUGUCAUUAUGGAAAAGGGUAAAAUCAGUGCAAUGGGAACAUAUGAAGCAAUGCAAAGCAGUGGCCUGGACUUUGCACAGCUUAUGUCAGAUCCGAAUGUUAAUGAGCACACGUUCGACGACAAGGAGAGUGAUGCUGGUGAUGCCAUGGACCAUCAUAGUAUAAACUCGCGCAAACGAUUUGUCAGUGGUAGUAGACAAACAUCGAGAACGGAUAGUUUCGUUUCAUUGAGCUCGAUGGCUGAUUCCAUUAUUCAAGAUGCACCAAUGACACCUCAAGAGACUCGAGUCGAGGGCAAGGUUGGAUUGGGACUUUAUAAGGAAUACUUUGCUGCCGGCAGCGGCUGGUUUUUAAUAAUGACUUUGAUACUCAUUUGCAUUGGUACUCAAGUCGUAAUAUCCUGUUCAGAUGUUUUCCUCUCAUAUUGGGUUGACAAGAACAAAGGUGUGUCAGAAAUGGACGAUCCCACUGAUAUAUAUUACUUUACUGCGCUUAAUGUUGCUUCAAUCCUAUUCUGUGUAAUGCGUCCACUUCUCUUCUAUACGAUGGCCAGAAGGAGCUCUACAAAUCUACACAAUUCCAUGUUCCAUGGCAUCACAAGAGCGGCUAUGUACUUCUUCAACACAAAUCCCUCAGGCCGGAUACUAAAUCGUUUCUCAAAGGAUUUGGGUCAACUCGACGAAAUUUUGCCAACUAUCAUGCUGGAUGUAGUGCAAAUUUUUCUCACCUUGGCGGGCGUUCUUGUCGUCAUUUGUAUCACCAAUCCUUACUUUAUGAUUCUAACUGUGGUACUCGGAUUUGUCUUUUACCAAAUUCGAGAAUUCUACUUGAAGACAUCAAGAGACGUUAAACGUCUAGAGGCGGUAUCCCGAUCUCCAAUCUACUCUCACCUUAGCGCUUCCCUCAAUGGACUUCCGACAAUUCGAGCAUUAGGAGCCCAAAAGACGCUAAUUGCUGAAUUCGAUAAUCUUCAGGAUCUGCACAGCUCUAGUUUCUACACUUUCCUGUCUACCAGUCGAGCAUUUGGUUACUACGUGGACUUCUUUUGUUCAUUGUACACUAUUGUCAUAGUUAUCAACUACUUCAUCAAUCCACCCACAAAUCCUGGUGAGGUUGGGCUCACUAUUACGCAGGCCAUGAGUUUAGCUGGCAUGGUUCAGUUUGGAAUGACACAAUCCGCUGAAUUGGAUACUACUAUGACUGCAGUUGAGCGUAUACUCGAGUACGAUGAAAUUGAACCAGAGGGCGAGUUCGAUUCCGCACCAGACAAGAAGCCUCCAGUAACAUGGCCAGAACAAGGCAAAAUUGUGGCCGACGAUCUGAGUCUGCGCUAUUUUCCGGAUCCUCAGUCGAAAUAUGUGCUCAAGUCCUUGAACUUCGAGAUCAAGCCCAUGGAAAAAGUGGGCAUUGUAGGACGCACUGGUGCUGGCAAAUCUUCACUCAUUAACGCCCUCUUCCGACUAUCCUACAACGAUGGCGCCAUCGUCAUAGAUAGUCGGGAUACCAAUGAACUAGGAUUGCACGACCUGCGCAGCAAGAUCUCCAUUAUACCUCAGGAGCCAGUGCUGUUUUCUGGAACCAUGCGUUACAAUCUCGAUCCGUUUGAGGAGUACACUGACGCUAAAGUUUGGGAUGCCCUGGAGGAGGUCAAAUUGAAGCCAGCCAUCAGUGAACUUCCGAGUGGGUUACAGAGCACUAUUUCCGAGGGUGGCACCAAUUUUAGUGUAGGUCAGAGACAGCUGGUGUGUCUAGCAAGGGCGAUUCUUCGCGAGAAUCGCAUUCUUGUAAUGGACGAGGCCACAGCCAAUGUGGAUCCACAGACAGAUGCCCUCAUCCAGGCCACGAUUAGAAACAAGUUCAGGGAGUGCACAGUGCUGACAAUAGCCCAUCGUUUGAACACGAUUAUGGAUUCAGACAAGGUCUUAGUCAUGGAUGCUGGCCAAUUGGUUGAGUUCGGUUCUCCCUAUGAGCUCUUGACUCAGUGUGACUCGAAAAUAUUCCACAGCAUGGUGAUGGAAACUGGCAAAAGCAGUUUCGACAGUCUUCUGAAGGUGGCGGAGAAGGCUCAUUUGGAAUCCCAGAAAUCAAAAAACCGCUUAAUGGCAGGAAAUGUGUAAUCUAAAAUUUAAAUAAAUCUCGUGAAAUUUA